UCCUGGUGGGGGCGGGCCCCCAUCCAUGGGCCGGCCACCUCCUCUCACACAGGCUGCACAGCUAGGGCUGAGCCAACUAAGCACACCCCCUGGAGCACCUCCACAGCCCCCUGUGGCCACGGCAGGGUGCCUAUCCAGGUGCCGCCCUGAUGACCAACUUUGCGAACCAGGCGGCAGGAUACCCAGCACCCCAGCACAUGCCCCAGCAGCCAAUCUUGCUUGGCAACUGCAUGAAUCUGUCAUAUCCUUCCCAGCGGCCUGGCCAGUUCAGCCCAGCUGCGCAGUUUGUCUACCAGCCCUACCUUCCGGCCCAACAGCCUACGCAGAUGUACUACAGUGCUGCGCAAGGGAUGAUGUCGGUGUCCCUACCGGGUGGUGGUGCGCCGCCCCAGGUGCAGGCGCCUCGGGGCCAGCACGCGUACCAGCAGGGUGCUCCGCAGCUUCAGCCGCGGCAGAGGCGUGUCCUUGAGAUCAAGGACCCUGCCACAGGCAGGAAUAUUCUCGACGACAUCGACUCUGCACCCGCCGAGACGACCCCAACAGCCUCGGAGCAACCAUCUUCGAGUGCCACCGACAUUGCCGGCAUGUUUGCCGCCCAAGUGGCUGCCGCAGCCUCCUCGUCGGGUCCCCCGCCGACCAAUGUUUCCUCCACGCCGGUGCUAGAACCAGCUCCCCCUCCGCCGCCUCCUGUUGAAGAGGUUGCCCCCCACGAAGAAGAGGUGGCUGCCCCCAUCGAGGAGAGGAGAGAACAGCGCAGUUCUCCGACUCCUCCACCUGUGGUGACAGCCCCACCGACUGAGCUCCGCGGCGCUGACGAGGCAGCGUCACAGGGCAUUUCCACGGAGGCAGCAGAAUCCGCUGCAGCUCCAUCCGCCAACAUAGAAGUGGCUGAAGUGCCAGCGUGCACCGAAGACUCGGAGAGUGCUGUGCCGACGGCAGAAGUGGUGGACACUCGGAACAGUGCUGCUGCAGAGGGAAGGACGCCUGUGGUUGUGGACGAGGUGGCUCCGGUGGCGAUAGCCACCGCUGCGGUGACACCGGUUACGAAGAAGGAGCCAGAGGAAACGCCAGUGGCAGCUGUGCCUGCCAAGACACUUGCUGCUGUUGCAGCACCAGCAGAAACUACACGGGAAACAACUGAUGGGAGGGAGAGCAAGAAGUCGGCCAAGAAGAAGAAGAUGAAAGAGUGGAACAAGAAGGGGGAGAACAAGGAGGGUGGCGACAUGGAUGCCUUUGUCGACAAGGAGGAGCAGUCGGCAGCCCAGCAGAGUGUGGCAGCCGCUGUGGCUCCUGAGGCCCCUGCCAGGACGCCCAGUCCCCCGAUGAGGCUCAGCCCCGCACCCCCGACCACGGUUGCAACCCCGGCCGCUGCUGCCGUCACACCUCCUCCCGAGGAGACUGAACCUGCUGCAGCGCCGGCUGCCCAGAGCACCUCGCCCACGUCACCCGACCAGACCGACUCCUCGGCUGGCGAAGAUGAGCAGCACAGGAAGGCGGUGAAAAUCAAAAACGAGGAAAACUUGAGGGUCUCUCGGGAAGCUGCCGCCGCGACUCCCGCUGCCACGGCCGCUAGUGACACAUUGGAGAAGGGUGACGCAGAAGCCGACGAGAACGUCUCCGAGGCCCCCGCUUCUUGUGUGGCAGAGGAAAUGGAGGAUGGCGAAGAGAACGAGGAGGCCGAGGAAGAGGAGGAGGAGAAUAGCAGUGGUGGCAGCAAGGAGAGCGGUGACGCCAAGGCUCCCGUGCUCAAGUACAGCUACCGCGAGGACCAGUGGAGUCCUGUGAACCCAGAAGGGCGCAAGCAGUACGACCGGCAGUUCUUGCUCAUGCUUCAGGGGGAACCCAUGUCCAUGAAGAAGCCGUUCGGCCUGCCCAACUUGGAUGUCAUCAAGGACACGGCCAUGCAGCACAAGCUUCCAGACCUUCCCCGAGGAGGCCCGUACCAGGGCGGUGGCCAGUCUUCCAUGGGUGGUGGCCCAGGCGGUGGAUCUAUGGGGCGUGGUGCCCACCCCGAGCACUUGUUCAUGCCUCCGUACGCGCGCAAUGGCGUGGCUCGGCCGCCCCCCGGAGGGGGUGGUGGUGGGCCUGGCCGGAGGCAGAGCCAGCCUGGCCGUGGUGGGGACAAGCCCAAGAAGGUGAUCACACUGUCGAGCUCGCUCAACCAGGAUGUCAAGCUGCAUGCAGCACAGAACGCCUGGAGGCCCUCACACAAGUCGGCCGCCGAUAUUGCGGAUGAGGAAGCUGCAGCAGAGGAGCUGUACCGGCGGGUCCGGGGCAUCCUGAACAAGCUGACGCCACAGAAGUUCCAGUCGCUGGUAGAGCAGGUGCGGAACCUCGAGAUCAACUCAGAGGAGCGCCUCAACAAGGUCAUUGACCUGGUGUUUGAGAAGGCCCUUGACGAGCCAAACUUCAGCGUGCCCUACGCCAACAUGUGCAAACACUUGGCCAUGUUUGAAGUGCCCGUCACCAAUGACCCCGAGGGGCGGAUGGUCAACUUCCGCAAGCUGCUGCUGCUCAAGUGCCAGAAGGAGUUCGAAAAGGACGUCAGCGAUGACAUCCGCAAGGAGGAGCGCCUCAAGAAGAUUCAGGCGCUCACCGACGAGGAGGAGAAGGCCAAGCUCAUGGACGAGCUCCUUGAUGACGAAAAGAAGUCGAAGCGGCGCUCUCUAGGGAACAUUCGCUUCAUAGGAGAACUUUACAAUCUCAACAUGCUGACGGCACCCAUCAUGUUCGACUGCCUGAGGCGGCUAAUCAACUCCAACGAUGAGGACUCGCUUGAGUGCCUCUGUAAGCUCCUCAUCACGAUUGGCAAGGAGCUAGACUCGGCCGCUUCCAAAGGAGCACAGGGAGGUAAGGUGAAUCCUAAAAUGCAGCUGGACGAGUACUUCCGCAAGAUGGACAACAUCGCCAAGAAGCGGGAAGUCUCGCUACGGGUCGUCUUCAUGCUGCAGGACGUCAUCGAUUUACGCCACAGGAAAUGGAUCCCUCGACGAGACGAGAACAUCCCGAAGACAAUCGACCAGAUCCACGAGGAGGCUCAGCGGGAGCAGGUGAACGAGGAGCUGAUGCGAGACACCAUGCCGCGGCCAAAGCGAGGCGAGGACCGCCGCAAGGGCGGCCGUGCUGGCGGUGGCGGGGGCUUCGAGGACGGCUGGAACACAGUGCCCAGCAAGAAGCACGUGGACUUCAACAAGCUCAAGCAGAUCAGCACCAAGCAGACCGAGAUGGACACCAUACAGCUGGGGCCCGGCUCUCGCAUGUCCUCCUGGGCCAAGGGCAGCAGUGGCGGCGGGAAGUCCUCAAGCCAGGAGCCUGAGGGACGACCAUCCGGUGCCACAAAUCGUUUCUCUGCCCUGGCGGACGCAUCGUCCUACGACUCUCGGCGCGGUGCCCAGCGGUCAACCGCCUCAAGCCGGGAGUCCAGCCGUGGCCGAGGUGGGAGCCAGCAGCAGUCGCCCAUGCCGUCGAUGGGCGUGCGCAAAACACCGUCGCAGUCACGUGAACGGGACGCCGCUCUGGCUGCUGUCAAGAAUAUUGCUUCGUCCCAUGCCCCUUCGGCAGCGGCUGCUGCUCCUGCGUCUACGACUCACGAGCCGGAGGUCGCCAAAGAGGACAAGUCAAAGGAGCCGGAUGUGGUUCUCAAGGGACCAUCCAACAUGGACGAGGACAUGCUGAAGGCGCGGACAGAGGCCCUGGUGGACCAGUUCCUGUGCAACAGCGACCUGCAAGAUGCGGUGCAGAACGUGGUGGAGCUUGCGUCGCCGGGCAAUGUGCACCAGCUGGUGUCUACAGCAAUCGGCCACACGCUGGACCGCAACCCCGAGGCCCGCCGACUGACGGGCCAGCUCCUCAAGGAGCUGCUCAAGCGCAAGGUUCUCUCACUGGACGUCUUCACCAAGGGACUGCACGAGGUUCUGGAGUAUGGCGAGGACAUGGAGCUGGACAUCCCCAAGGUGUGGGAGUAUGUGGCCGAGCUGGUCUCGCCACUCUUCCUGGACCUGCUGGCCCUGCAGUACCUACGCGAUGCGGCCGAGCCGCUGCGCCCCAUUGGCCGGGCAGGGCGUAUGGCUGCCUGUGUGCUGGCUCACCUUGCCAAGACCCUGGGUGAGGCCACUGUGGCCAACAUGUGGAGGACAGCAGGCCUCCAGUGGAGCCAUUUCCUGAAGCCUGGGGAGGAUGCCGAAGCCUUUGCAAAGGCUAAUGGUGUUGCCUUUACGUCGGAAGGAGUGCCAGCCACUCCAAGCGCAGGCAGCGGUGCACCCACUGGCCGCACUGGUGGUGGAUCUGCAGCGUCCCUGCCGGAGCUGGAGUCCCAGCUCAACUUCCUGAUCCGCACCAAAGGGGCUCCUUCCCCCGCCAUCAUUGAGUGGAUCGAGUCCAAGCUUGGUGAAGCUCAGACAAAGAAGCCGCCAUUCAUUCGUGCCUUGGUAACUGCUGUAGCCGAGAAUGCCAUCACACUACUUGGUGAUGGCAAUGCCGAACUGAAGGAGGACCUCAUUAAGACAUACUCCGACCUCCUGCAAAAGUACCUCAACCACGAUGAGGAGCGUGAAUUGCAAGCCCUGUACGCGCUACAGGCUCUCGUCAACCGCCUAGAGCACCCAAAAGGCAUUCUGGUGCAGCUGUUCAACGCCUUCUACGACUGCGACCUGAUCUCCGAGGACGCCUUCCAGCAGUGGGCCGACAGCAAGGACUUGGCCGAGCAGGAGGGCAAGGGUGUUGCCCUUAAGUCCACCACCUCCUUCUUCACCUGGCUCGCCGAAAUGGAGGCAGACUCCGGCGAAGACAACUGAGGCGGCGGCCUUGCCACAGCCCCGCCAUUGACCUCCUCCUUGACCACUGGACGCCAGCAGCAGCAGCAGCGGGUUGGGAAAAAGGGUAGACGACAACAAAUGGCCCUUCUCGCACGCUCUCUCAUUCCUGCUCCUCUCUCGGACCGUCUCUCUAUCCCUUCUGGCCGGAUCGGCGAGCCUGGCUUCCCCUACCACAUCGGCCCAAGACUCGUGUGAUCGAUAGGAAAAUGCGGUUCCUCCGGGGACGAGGGGGGGAAAAAAAAGGAAAGAAACAACAACACGGACGGAUGAUGCAAGGGAAACGAGCUUCGCACAUGCUGGCUGGCCGCUGAUGAUUCACAUCCCUCUCCCCAUCCAGCUCUUUCCUGCCCUCUUUCCCCGCCUGUACUGCUUUAUUCUGUCCUCCUCGCUGUGACUAGCUGCACUCAGGAUCUUCCAGAUGAAGAGUUUUUUGCUCGAUCCGCGCAUCCUCACUCCCGCUGCCGCCGCCUCAUCUCCUUUCCUCCUGCUUCGGCCUGAUCUUCGCCCAGCGGCCAUGCGUACGAUUGUGUCUCGGGGAAAUUAGUGUCUGUGGGUGUGACGGCGGCAGUAGCCGAUGAUGACACAUCAAGCAGCAGCAGUGAUGAAGGACGUGACUUUAUAUAUAUUUUUUUUUCUUCUUGGUGACUGUGAACUCUUGCAACAAGGACAAGUGAUAAAAGUGACUGAAUACAACAAUGCUUCACUUCAUUUUUUUUUUCUCCCUUCUCCCUCUCUUGCAAGGAUUCUCAAGAAUGCCACCCCUCCGGCUUCUGAAUCCCGUUGAACUCUUCAGCGGAGGGUGACCUUGUGCUUUUCUUAUCUUUUUUUAUGUGAACAGAUUACGUUUUUUUUUUUUCCCCCGCUAUUUUUGCCCACUUUGUGCAAAAGUGCCAGUUUUUUUGUGAUGAGACUCGACUCUGCCUUGGAAACUUUCUUUUUAGGAUUCUAGCAACCUCUUCAAGGGACUUGCUGCCAGGCAUUUUUUUUUGCAAAGACUGGAAGCAAAUGUUCUGUGUUUCAUUUGCUGCAAUCACGAUUGCUUCCAUUUCUUGGGUCUUUGUAUUUUUUUAACCGACUUUACUAGACUUUUUUUCCUUUCCCUUUAUUUUUUUUCUUUCUGGAAUUUGUCUUGUUUUCUGUGCAAGCAAGCAAGAGGUACACCAGGCCUCUUGACCUGUGCAGACUAGACCUGCGUUUAUAUAUAUAUAUAACAUAUAUAUAUAUAUACACACAUAUAAAUAUGAAAUAUAUAGAAAUAUAUUUGAAUGCAGGAACGCGUCUUCUCUUGCGUGAUGCAUCUCAGUGUCUCAGCCAUUUUUCUUUUUUGGAGCAAACGGACACUGGUUGUAGUGAGAAGCAUUGCGAGACAGUUUGCAUUUUUUUUUCCUAGGUUUAUUUUUCUAGGUUUAAAUUUCUUCCGGGUCAAGUCGCGACCGCACUUUUGCGGCACCGUGGAUGGUGUGGACGACAGGAGAUGAGAAAGCGACAGUCUUCCUUGGCAGAACAGUUUGACUUUGUUUUUUUGUCAGGAAGGCGUGUGGAUUCUAUCUCCUUAUUUAAUAUAGUGAACAAAGUCUUCUACGGUGACGGUUGUUGGGUGUUCAUGUGGAUCGUUGUACAAGUGGAAAAAAGGAUGGGGGGACAAAAAAAAUAUAUUAAGGGAACCUUGUUUCCCACUGUAGAGGUUUUAUGAGCAUUCUUGCGCUUCGUGUGUUUUCUGUACGUGUGGAAAGUAAACAAGCACUCUGAAUUCAGCGUGUAUCUUUUUCCUGUACAAAAAAAAAAAUGCACGUGAUGCUGGAGUGAGAAUGCUCACAGAUCUCUACAGUUAAAUUUUUUUUUUUUUUUUUUGGUUUUUGAUUGUUGGGCCUCCCUAUGUAUUGUCCCCACCCCCUGACUCUACCGCUCUAUUUUUUUUUUACAUUUUUUUUAGCUAGGAAAAAAAAUAUUCAAAUUAAAAACUGUUGCUGACUACGCCGCUGGAGAAGGCAAAUGUCUCGAGAGCGAGGUACUGUUUGUAAAGGACGCUAGAUUUUUUUGUACUACAUAGUCUCUCUCAGAGGGAACAAAACGAAACAAAAAAGCAAAAAAAAAAAAGCAAAGGAGACCGUUUCGGUGCCUUUACAUGUAUUUAAGAUGAAUUUUUUUCGUUACUUUUUUUUUCUCUUUGAAGAAAUGUUGGCGUGUGUGCGAGUGCAUGACUGCAAGAAGCGCUUGCAACUUGUGCAGGGAUGUUAGGACUCUUGAAGAUGCAACAGUUUUUUUUUUUUUUCCUCUAACGAGAAAUGAUAGUGGUGCACAUGAUUGUGUGCGUGCACCACAUGGGUGGAAGAGGGGAUGUAAACGUGUACAUAGAAAGUGGGGAACUGAAGACGUUCCACAUCUAUGAUUUUGAGCAGCAUAAAAAAAAGUGAACAUUAAGAAUAAACUUUGACUUACAGACUUUA